AUGGCCCAUCAGGAGGCUGCCACCAGACGCCAACGUCGGCACCGAGAGCGCAGAAGAACCCACGCACAGCUUCAUCCGGUCUCCCUUGUUCAGCUCCCUAGAGUGCCGCACUAUCCAAGUGAGAAUGUGGUUUAUGCAUGCACACCGUUUAUCUAUCACCCGGGGGGGCAAAUCGACAAUUUGCAGAGUCAGGCUACUCGGAUUCUGAUUCCCCAGCAUCCUAUCCCCGCAGUCACACCCCUUGAUCCAACAACCUAUGCUAGCUUUCCAGCGACAUAUGUUAACUCACCCGGGAGUCAUCCCCAGCCAAACCGAAGACCCAAUUCGAUUUUGAGCUCAGCCCCCUCAGAGCGCUCGUCAAGAGAGCAGUAUGAAUGGUGGCAGCGUAUGCGUCGAGUUUUCGGGAUCCCUUUGGGACGAGCUUCGACAAUCAACAGCGAUUCCAUGCCGGGUACUCCUAUCAUCCCAGCAUCUGGGCGAGAAGCAAGACACGGUCGAAUGGGGCCUGAACGAACAACACUUACUCGACUUCAGAACCCUGACUCCGACCACACUCUCAACUCGAGUUACUCAGGCCACAAUGCUCGAAACCGAGACGCUGGGCAUCGUGAGACCACACAUGUCCAGUCACCCCCAUCAGCCGUCGCCACGGUACACAGUGACGACUAUGAUAUCGUCUGA